AUGAGGUUUUUGUUUAAUUUAUUAAUUAAUGAAGUUAGAUCCUCACUUAAACUGAAUCCUUAUAUAAAGGUCAUCAUCCUCGCUUGCAUUUUCAUCAGUCUGCUAUUCUUGCUUCUUCUUUGCCCUGCUUUCAUUUCUUCUUCCCCACUUCAAGAUCCUGAGCUUGUAGUUAAACAAGUUGAAAUAAGCGCCAAUGCCUCGAGGAGAAAUCUAGGGUUCGUUUCUUGUGGAACUGGCAACCCCAUUGAUGAUUGCUGGAGAUGUGAUCCCAAUUGGCAUCACAAUCGCCGGCGUUUGGCCGAUUGUGCUAUCGGCUUCGGCAGACACACUGUCGGAGGUAGGGAUGGCCAAACAUACGUUGUCACCGACCCGGGCGACCACCCCAUGAACCCUAAACCCGGAACUUUAAGAUACGGCGUCAUCCAAGAAGAACCUUUAUGGAUCAUCUUCAAAACAGACAUGAACAUCAGGCUCGAGAUGGACCUCCUCGUUAAUUCCCACAAAACAAUCGACGGCCGAGGAGCCACCAUCCACAUUGCUGGAGGACCUUGUAUCAAAAUACAACGCAAGACCAACAUCAUCAUUCAUGGCUUGCAUAUUCAUGACUGUGUACGAGGAAAUUCUGGGUUUGUGAGAGUAUCUCCCCGCCAGUAUCGGUUUAGUUCAAGGUCGGACGGCGACGGGAUCUCGAUCUUCGGCGGGACCCAUGUCUGGGUGGACCAUUGUUACUUGUCUAGGUGCUACGAUGGGUUGAUUGACGUGGUUCAUGGAUCGACAGCGAUCACCAUUUCGAACAAUUACAUGACCCACCAUGAAAAAGUUAUGCUUUUGGGACACAGCGAUUCGUAUGAGAAGGACCGGAAUAUGCAGGUCACCGUCGCGUACAAUCAUUUCGGAGAAGGGCUUGGAGGAAGAAUGCCUAGAUGCAGGUACGGAUACUUUCAUGUGGUGAACAAUGAUUACAGCCAUUGGAAACAUUAUGCAAUAGGAGGGAGCUCCAAUCCCACCAUUUUCAGCCAAGGCAAUAGAUUUCUUGCUCCAGAUGAUGGAGAACACAAAGAGGUGACAAAACACUUUAGGGCAUCAGAUAGUGAAUGGAAGAGAUGGAAUUGGAAGUCAGAAGGAGAUCUGAUGCUGAAUGGCGCAUUCUUCAGAUCAUCUGGAGAAGAAGGAGCUUCUUCUGUUUACAGUAAGACUGUGAGUUUGGCCGCCAGACCUUCACAGUUUGUGAGUUCUAUUACCUCAGCAGCUGGCCCUCUCGCUUGCUCACAUGGUUCUUUCUGCUAACAAGGACUAGCUACUUAGGUUAGGUUGCUUCAUCACUGUGUAUCUUAUGUAAUGUACUAAUGUAAGCCAAUUAACCUUAGCUUAGCUAGUUUUCGGCUUUGUCCAAACUCCAAAUGUUCAU